AGUUCGACCCGCGCCACCCCGCACACUGCAGCUCCUUCCUUCCCGAAGCUGUCUCAGUCGCCGCCGCAGACUGCACUCUCAGCCUUCCGAUGAAGUCACCGCUGCCUCCUUCCUCUCCCUCUAUUUCAGAAACACAGUGAAAACUCUGUAGUGGUGCUAUCAAGUCUUUAUUUAUCAAUGAGGGAAAGCAUGGUGGUGAAGCGACUAUGGAGGCUGUCCGGUUGAUUGCUGAUCAAGUGAAAUUCCAUGACUGCCAAUUGCCUCCUGAUUCCAUCCAGCCUUUCGUGCAUCUAACAUUUGACGAGGAUCUGAGAAAAGAAGAAAAUCAAGAUGAGCAUAAUGAAGUAAAGAACAAAAAACACAGGAAAACAAAAAAUCAUGAGGAAUCAAGUCAUUUGCAAUGGAAUGAUGGAAGACAAAGUACGAGGACAAAGUUUACUGAAGAGGUUGCUUCGGAUUACAGGGCUGCUUCUCUUGCUCCAGAUGUGAUGAAGCAAAGAGAGAUGCAGUCGGAUACACUUUCUGCUGUAUUUGAAACUUAUUUCCGAAUCUUAAGGUAUACAAUGCAGUUACUAAAUGCUAGGCCUGAAGCAAAUAUUACUGCACCUACUACUAGCCCAUCUGUAUCCCAUCCUCUGCUUUCUCCAUGUUUGAAUGGGUUGGGGAAAUUCUCCCAUCUCAUUGAUUUAGAUUUCAUGGGAGAUCUUAUGAAUUAUCUAAAAAGGCUUGCUUCGGGUGGUGAUAAUUCUUCUGAGAAACAGUCACAACGUUUGACCGUUUCUGAGCGUCUUCAGUGUUGCUUUGUCGCAUUUAAAGUAACAAGGAAAAACCUUGAUGCUAUGAAUGUUGAUCUUCAGGACUUUUCUGUCCAGCUGUACAAUAUUGUACUCGAGUACAGGCCUGUAAGAGACCAUGGUGGAUUGUUAGCUGAAGCUUUGAAGAUAAUGUUGUGCGAUAAUAGACAGCAUGCCAUGCAGAAGGCAGCUGCAUUUAUUAAGCGUUUGGCUACUUUCUCAUUAUGCUUUGAAUCUGCAGAGUCGUUGGCAGCAUCUUCUUCAGAAAACUGUCAAGUGCCGCAACCUUUUGGAAAACGAUUCUUGGGGAGGUUCAGUGUCUGGCUCAAUUGCGAAAUACUAGCCAUAUGCUUCUGAUCCAACUUUGAGCGGUGCUCUUGCUUCUGUCCUUUGGGAACUUAAUCUUCUGUGGAAGCAUUAUCAUCCAGCUGUCUCAACGAUGUCAACGAGCAUAUCAAGCAUGAACAGUGCUCAAAACCAAGUGUAUAUCUCCACGGUUUCUCCCCAACAGGCAUUCAAAGACUUGUCGCUGGAAUAGGAGUCUUUCAACCCACAAUUUAAUGUCCGAAAAGUUAAAAAGAAAAAAAGAGCUAGCGAAGUGAAGGAGAAACUUUCAACAAGAUUCUUUCUUCUCCAGGACAUCAAGGACAAUGAAAGGCUGAGAGGUGAAUUGGACCGUACCACUUUGUCUUUGCAGCUAUACGAAGAACACAAAAAGGCAAAAGAGAAAAACUAAAAGAUCAAGGUAUGUUUAACUUUGUUGUUUGUGAUUUCUUGGUGUUAAAAUCUGCAUGGUUGCAAGAAAUGUAGAUUAAUUAAGCUGAGAGGAAAUGUAUAGUUCAUACUAUUGAUAUAGAAUAGAAUUGAUAUAUAUAUAUAUAUAAUUUUAUUGAAUCCG